AUGACACUGAAGCGGUUCAAGGCCGACGUGGUCACCGCCCGACAGAAGAUCACUGGCGGUGGCCUUGCUGGGGUUCUAGACCUCAGAGAUGGCAUUUCUGAUGGCGAGAUCGUCUUGUCACUCCAACACCCCGAGCUUGGCCGAAAAGUACGGCUUCAUUUGUUGGCGCAGGAUACCGGCGACUACCCUGACAACAACUCAUUCAUGAUGUAUACCGAGGAUGACCCGCCAGCUCCCAUCGAAAAGUUGAUCAAGAGAACUGCCGACUAUCUCAUAGGUCUAACCGUCUACGAGGUAGCUUCAGAGAUCUCCAAGCAGAUGAGUUUGACGGGAGGUGUGUCGGAGGAUCAAGACGAGGGAGACAUGAGCGACGAUGAGUUUGGCUUCCAGUCCGAGGCCGACGACGAUUACGAUGACGAACUCUUCGGGCUAAAAGAGGGGUCAGGUCGACCCAAAAAUGCAACGGUCAAGGAGCUGAUUGCACUAUCCCCGACGGACAAGCUGUUGCUUUCACGCCUGAAGCGCGACUUGCGCCAAGUACACAAUGCCGGCUUCAAAAUCGGGCUUGUCUCUAGCUUCGCUCAGACAUCCAUCUAUGGCAUCGUUUCGAUCUCGGUGCGAGUUGAGAGCCUGGGGCUGUCGGAGGAGGUUUUGGAGGCGUGGAACCUGGAGGCUAGCGAAUACAUUGUGCUUUUGCUGCGCUUUGAUGGCUACAGCCCGCUCGAGACUGUCAUCGAGAAGGCAGUGUCCUCAAUCCAGGUCAGCUUUCGAAUUCGCAAGUGCAAAAAGUACAAGCCAUCGGAGCAGGAAGCAAGGAACGCAUUUAUUACUGUCACGAAUCCUGGCGUGAGACCAGAAGAUGACGAGGAAGGGCAAACUGCUCAGGCUUCGGAUACAGAAGCACUUCAGAAGUUUUUUAUUUCCAACUCGUUGGAUCAGUUCUUGAACGAGAGCUUUAUUUCGAUCGUGAAGACCAGAGAGAGAACGGGCUACGACUGGGACCAGGCAAAUCGCCACUACCAGAACUGCGUAACCCAACCGGACGAUCCAGUCCCGAUCGAUGAAUCCGUGUCUGAUGCCAGGCCGGAACGCCAUCCACUGCUGGGGGAUCACUUGAAAGAUGCCCAUGGAGGCGAGAGAAGCUUUCCUUUGGUGGCGAUGCAGUUUGCUAUGCGCUACAUCAUCAGGUGCACCGAAUACUGUCUGAGAUGUCAUCAGAAAAUCGAAGCUGAGUUCGAGGCACUCCAACCAUAUGUCUGCGACAACCCUCUUUGCUUGUUUCAGUACAUGUCAAUGGGAUUUGGCCCCAGCAUCGAGCCCAUGAUCCUCAACGAGCCGUAUGUGGUUGAUCUCCUCGUCAGCCUUUGCUACGCCGCGGUUUCAGACCCUUCUGGUCAUCGGAAUGCGCUACAACCGUUCGGCAUCAGCUCUGCAGCCCAGGUAACCGGCGUUGGCUCUACAGCCCAGGUAAUCGGCGUCGGCUCUGCAGCACAACCAUCCAGCGUCGGCUAUGGGGCGAUACGCAACCUCCCGGUUGGCCUGCGAUUUAAAGUACCAAAUCUACUAAACGUGACAGGCUGCAAGUGGAGGGGGAUCCUGAAUGGUAAUAGGCUGGUUCUCUGUGAGAACAUGGACGACAUACGACAACUGGCUGGGUACAAGUGGAUCGCUUGGGUUACCACCGACAAUAUAAUUCAACACGGACGAGUAGAGGAGGUUCACCUUCCAAGCAGCACCGCCGUACUUUCGAUUAGGCCGGGGCAUUCAUAUACUGCCCUUCCCGUCGAUCAGCGGGGGCUUCUCCAGGCGCCAGUUGGCAUUGCUGGCGCGCCCGUGAGAGUGUUUCCCUACGACACCGACUUCGAUGAUCUGCCUGAUGCCGAUAAAGGCCACGCCAUGAGACAAAUUCUCGAGAACCUCCCUUCCAUUCUUCAGAUGGAGGCAUGGUUGACAAGUCAUCCGCGAUGUUUGUUCAAGGACAUGGACGGAAUAUCACCUGCCGCAGCUUCCAUUUUGCAGUGGAUCGUCUCAUCCAACAGAUCUUGCAUCUAUCAAGUUGAUCGCCGCCGAUAUCGAGCAUCACCCGAAAAUUCAGAACAACCAGCAGGAAAGGGACGAGAUCGACAGCACCAGCGCAUCUUGGGAAUGGACUCAUGGGUUCAGUUCCGGUUUGCCCAAGGCUCGCCCGAGAAAGAACGCCAGUUCUCUCGGGCACUCCAACAAAUUGCUAGCAGGAAAGAUUUCAAGGGUCAUCCUACCAUUCUGGCGUGGCAUGGGAGCAAUCUUGCUAAUUGGCACAGCAUCUUGCGAACAGGCCUGGAUUUCAAGGUUGUCGCGUGCGGCCGCGCCUAUGGCAACGGGGUCUAUUUCAGUCCAGAUUUCAACACGAGUAUCUACUAUGCACAAAGUGGCAUGACAUGGCCCAACUCUGAUCUCCAGAUCACGCAGUGCAUGAGCCUGAACGAGAUCAUCAAUGUGCCCGAGGAGUUUGUCUCGGCCGCCCCACACUAUGUUGUGAGUCAGUUGGACUGGCAACAGUGUCGCUACCUGUUUGUGAAACCGAGACCUGAGUUGUGCUCAACGCAGGCUUCAACUCAGGCUUCAACACAGGCUUCAACUCCGGCUCCGGUUACUCCACAUGGUAGCUAUACCCUGGCGCGGAACAAAUCCAACGUUACAACCAAACCCAACGUUGGAGCAUCCACACCUCCCAGCACCCACGGCAAGGGUGCGGUGCCUAUGCGCACACAGCAAAAUGGACGUGAGGUAAAGGGUGAAAAUUCUGCCGUCCUCAAGAUCCCUCUGUCUGCCAUCCCUUUGAGAACAAUUCAGGUAGCGGGGACGGAUGCAACCACCUCAACUUUGCUGGCCAAGCGAGUGCGUGACAGCCCCGAACUUAGCGAGGACGAAGAUGCCGUAGACGUAGCUCUCUUGGUUAGCGACACAGAGACGAAUGGACCAGCCGCUCAACGCCGUAGGAAAAUGAGCACGGCGCAGGGGGAUCGUGCGAAGCUUGGACUUACACCGUCAGUAAAUAUCACGCCCUUGUGGACGUAA